UGGAUAAUGGUAAGUGCGCGCAUCUCGGCCACAACGUGGUUAGGAAAAAGGGAGGCUUACAUAGAUGCUCGCGUCGCCUUUGUAGUUAAAGAGACGAACAUUAUUGCAAGCCGGGCCACGUGAACAAAAUAUCUUCUAUCUGAAGAGGUAGUACAUUAUGAAAACACCUCCUAACAGACGAGGAAUUACUUUUGUGGUGGGCGCUGCACUUGAAGCACGGGACAGUCUUAAAAACUGGUACGCUGCCAACAUUGAAAAGAUUGACUAUGAUGAUGAGAAAGUUUUAAUUCACUAUCGUCAGUGGAGCCAUCGCUAUGAUGAAUGGUUUGACUGGAGCAGUCCCUAUCUGAGACCUAUGGAGAGAGUUCAGCUGAGGAGGGAGGGUCUGCAGGAGGACAGUUUUAUCCCUGUGAGUCACAGACUGUGCUCUUCCAAAAUGCCGGGAUUUCAUGUGAAUGACAAAGUUCUUGCCAGUUGGUCUGAUUGUCGAUUUUAUCCUGCAAAAGUCUUGACUGUCAAUAAAGACGCAUCCUAUACCGUAAAGUUUUAUGACGGUGUCAUCCAGACUGUCAAAGGGAUACAUGUCAAACCAUUCAUCAGAGAGAGAAGGAAGAAAUUACCUGACAGAAACGCAGCAAAGCCUCAGGUGAAAAAAACUGAAAAUGUCAAGAAAAUACAGGAUAAUGCUAAUGCCGCUGACAGUGUUAAAGAAACAGAAGAACACUACGACCGUCUUCCUGAGGAAGAGGAGGACGAAGUCUCAGAUAUGGAGGGAGAUGAAGGUGACCAGAAGAAACGCAGAAACACUCUCCAAAAGACUGAGAAACAUGUGGUGGAAAAUAUGAGUGUCAAGGAGGAAAAUGUGGAAAGAGAGAGAGUCUGUGAGCAAAUAGGGCAGCACAACUACAGUAAGUCAUUUCUAAAGAAGGAUUUAGGGCACGAGGAGAAAGAUGAAGAGGCUGUGGUGAAAAUAGAGGACAAUGAGGUGUUUGCGUCGUGCAUUAAUUUUAACGAGGGUAUGGUAACGGGAAACAGGAAUGAGGAAGCAGAAGUCCAGGCAGAACAAAAGGAAAAGGAAGUCAAAGGUUUUCCUAAUGGCAAAAAGGCACGGAGGCAGCGGGUUCGGGGGAAGAGGAGAUUAUCAAUGGGAAGAAGGAGCCGUCCCUCCAAAAAAAUCAAAACAGAUUCAGACAAAAAUUGUCCUAAUGAUUGCAAGUCCACACCUGCGGUAAACGAUAACACAGCCGUAGGAGGACAUGGACCAGAGCCUGAACCAUUACUUUUGACACAACCAUCCAAUGGCACAAUGCCCACAUCUCAGUGGCAAUCGGAAACCUCCAAGCCUGCAGUUAGGAAGCAAGCGUUUCACAACCCAAAUCGUUUUAGCAGAGAGCCAUUGUACAGAGUUGUUCGAAACCAGCCACCACCAGUACUGUCAAUCAACUUGGACCAUAAUCCAUAUAAAUGCAGUGCUCCUGGCUGUAUGAAGUCCUUCCGGAAAGCAAAGCUUCUGCACUAUCAUAUGAAGUAUUACCAUGGAGACGAUCGUGCCAUUGAUGAGGAUCUCGGAGUGAAUAGAGACAAUCAGACCGAUGUCAUCGGUCAACAGGCAGCACUCAUUAAUCAUGAUGGGUCCAAGAAAAGGUGCAUUGGGUUGUCUUCACUGCGUGUGUGCAGUAAGGCUGGUGCACAGAUGACCGUAAAAAGACGUUCUUCAGCUCCCCCUGCCGUCAGUGCACAAAAUUACCAGCAGUCACUGAAGGAGAAGACCAGAGAGAAACUGGAUAGCAAGAAGCAGAGAUGCAUCAACAAGGAAAGAGAGAGAAGAUUUGUGGAAAUAGCUGAUGUGAAGGAAUGUGACAGGCUUAAGUCGAGAGAUUUCCUGCAAAUCAAGUUGAAGAAAAAGAAAAAGAUGAAAAUGACCACAUCAGAUGAGGAAAGCAUUUCUGAUUGGUCCUCUGACAGCUGUGGGUGGAGUGAUGAUGAAGUAGGGGUGGACUUGGGUAUCAUGCCCUCACCUCUCAGUUGUAGCUCAGUUGCCUCAACUACUGGAAGACGAGAUAAUGUCCGCUGUGUGUGUGAAGCGGAAGAGGAAAAUGACUUCAUGUUACAAUGUGAAGAGUGUCUAUACUGGCAGCACGGGACCUGCAUGGGACUCCUUGAAGAGAACGUACCAGAACAAUACACUUGCUUCAUUUGCCGUGAUUCUCCAGGACAGAUCAGAGGUCAGAGGUCGAGUUUGCGUUACUGGUAUGACACAGACUGGCUUAACACAGGCCAUAUGUACGGACUCUCUUUCCUGGAGAAUUACUCUCAUCAGAAUGGCAAGAAGAUCGCAGCCACUCAUCAGCUAUUAGGGGACAUUCAGCAUGUGGUGGAAGUACUCAACGGUCUACAGCUUAAAAUCAGCGUCCUUCAGAGCCAGGCUCAUCCAGACCUUAAGUUGUGGCAAAAUCCAUGGAAACUGUCUGGGAGAUCCAGGAUGAAAAGCACUGCUGUCUCAGACUCAAAACCAGUUUCUCCAUCAGCAUCCCCAGAGGCCAAUCUACAUAAAGAUUUCAUAUCAUCAUCCUUCCAGAACUACAUUAGCAGCGAGCACUGUUACCAAAAGCCACAUGCAUUGUACCAUGUAUUGGAGCCAAGGUUGGUGCUAAAGACACGGGUUGAAUCAGAAAUGGAAGACAGAUUGUACAACACAAAGACUCUGUUGAAAAAUGAACAACACUGUAGUGGAGAGAUUCAACCGGCACUCUUUAAGUCUUCUAGUAAUAAACUAGCCAACCAAAGCAAGGAAGCAGGAAAGGAGCAUGUGUUGGUGCUGAUGGAGGCGGAGUUCAGCAGCAGCAGUGGAAGAUCAAUUUGCUGGAGCAUAUCGAGGCUGUACAAGAAGAGGUUACAGACAGGAUGGACUUCAUCGAAAGGGAGCUUGAUGUGCUUGAAAACUGGCUGGACUGCACGGGUGAAUUGGAACCACCAGAACCUUUGGACCGUCUGCCUGAACUGAAGCAUAGCGUAAAGGAGCUGCUGAAUGAACUGGGAAAAGUACAGCAGAUUGCUGUGGUUUGUGCCACAUAAGGGCACUAUGAAAAUAUUUAACAAUCUUCACAGGACUACCUCAGACUGAAACCUUAAAGACUGUAACGUAUAAACGGAGAACAAUUUGAAUAUUGUGAAACUGAACUCGGUCAGUGAUGGCAAUUGUAAGUGUGGAAUAAAAACUUUCCAGAAAGCUGUGAAA